AUGAGUACUUUUGCGUCCCCUGCGGGGACUGACUUCUUCGCCCUUGGUGGACCCUCUGCUGUGGGCCCCCCCCCAGCCGUUGGACACUCGGGCUUCGGGCCCCCCCCUACCAUUCCUGGAGACGGGGGUUCCCUUAGCGGCAACGUUGGAGGCCACAGCAAUGUAGCGCCCCACUCUGCAUCGGGCUUCUUUUCCCAUGCCCAACAGCAACAGCAGCAAAACCAUCACCACCAUAACCAGCUUCAUCACCAGCAGCAGCAACAACAGCAGCAGCACGAACAGCAUCGGAUAUCUGUCAUAGGGUCCUCUCCUUACAUGGGAGCGGCCCCCAAGGGAGUGCCCCGACGUGGGUCUGCGAUGGCCGUGGAUGUGAAUGCCGAUGCGUUUUCAGGUGUCUCUGCAACAGAAGCAAAUAGCCCUGGAUUGUGCUUGGAGGGCCCAUCAUCUCAGUUUGCUGCUGCAGCAGUGCGGCUGCUGUGGGGGGGUGUUUCGUCGGAAGAGCAGAACUUGCAACUAGACAGUCCAGGUAGGGCCCCUUUCUUGGGGGCCCCGUGGGGGUUCAGGAUUGGGGCCCCCCUCUUCAAAGCAGUCUACGAAGAAAACAGAAAUGCCUUCAGCCUCACACGUCCCAGCGAAUCGAUCCCCUUACCCCCCAUACUUUCGCGACUUCUCUGCCGAUGCGGCGCUGCAGAGUGCAGCAGCAGUAACGAAGGCAAUAGAGUUUGCUGCUGUCGUUCGUUGCCGCCGCAUGGGCUGAUUCCUGAGUUGAAUCGUUUGUGGGUGGCUGAGGGGGGCGAUUUGUAUUUGUGGGAACUGGGGGCAGGUGAGGAGGCUGUAGAACGGCUCUCUUUUCCAGAUGCUGUUGAGUCUGUAGUGUACGUACAGCUGGACAGGGCCCUGCUUCCGCCAGCUUUAAGGAAUUCCUUUUGCUGGAGCGAUGGCUCGCUCUCUGCUUUUUCCGUUACUGCACAUCUCGACGCGUCGGGGUGUACAGACAGCCCACCCUAUGCAGAUGUCUCCUCCUCUCCGCUCCACUGCCUAGCGAUUUCUGUUUCAAAUUCUGUUCGGCUCUUCGCUGUCUCCGCGGGGGCUCCUACUGCAGGGGCCCCCACCCUCAUGACGCAGCAACUGGGGGCCCCCAGGGCACCUCCCUCUGCCUCCUCCUUAGACUAUACGGAGGUUGGCGCUGCUGAAAAGCCCAAGGGUACUGCACCUCUGUCUCUUGCAGCAGCGCACAAAGGAAGUGGCAUCGUCUUUUUCGGUUCUUCCGUGACGCAUCAAGUAUAUUAUUUGGACCUUAAACCUGCAGCAGACGCUGGAGGGGGCUCUUUCGCAGGGCCUUUGGGUUUCUCCUUCUUUCGCAGCAAGAAAUCUCGGAGGAAUGAAGGCACAGAAGCGUCCGCCACAGCAACGGCGACAACAUCGACGACGCCAGCGGGGGAAGAAGCAGCGCUCCGUGCCGUUCUGCCGCCUAACAGAACUGACAGUAAGGGUUUAGGGUUUAGGGAUUGUGACGGUAGUGGAGGGUUUGUUUCCUGUCAGCUGGUGCCACUCAACCCUACGUUCAAAGAUCGCAUCAAAGGCGGACUUAAGGCGCUGUGUGUUUCUCUCGGUCUCACUAGUAGCAACAGCAGCAGCAGCACCACCACCAACAACAGCAGCAGCAGGGCAACCAGUGGUUCGCGCGGCGGGCUCCUGCAGCUGGAGGCGGAUGAGGCGCGCGGCAUCAUUUGGGGGUUGGGGGGGGACUCAACAGUCACUGCCUUUGUUAUCGCUCCUCCAGAUGUAGACAAUCAUUCAACAGAUACUGCAUCGAAGGUUAAACAAAUUCAAACUUUGCGCCUGACAAAGAAAGAGUUGGAGAGCAGCGUGCGUUCUCUUUAUUCUUCAAAGCCUGCAGCGCACCAUACAGACGACCGGGGAAUCUUCAGUGUCUUGAGGCGGUCGGAGGCCUUUGCCGUUCUCUCUCUCUCUGUCUUGAGCGCAUAUGAGGGGCAUGCCGUUGCUGCCGUAUUGACAGAUGCUACAGGCGGCCGGCUCUACAUCUCCGUCCGGGGCAUCCGCAGCAACAACAACAGCGUCAACCGCUGCUUUGCUGCUGCCGCCCUGGCACCUCCUGCCCAUCUCUCUCUCGCAGUUCAUGGCUACAGAGGGGCCGUAGAGCAGCAGCCUGGUGCUGCUGCAUCAGGUAGCCUUCGCUGCGCUGCAGUUGCUGCAGGAGUAUUCGUCAGUGCGUACGCGCCACCCCACAGCGGGCCGCCAGAAAGCAACGCAGCCACAGUGGGGCCACAGGGAGCCCCCAGUGCAGGACCCUGCAGCAUUAGCGAAAAGAACUCCCGAUGCAGCUCUUGCAGCACCUCUUGCUAUCUCGGAGCGCCGUGUGUGCUGGGGCCACAGCCUCCGGAAGGUGAAGAGGGUUUAGGCGGCGGUAUCGCAACUGGAAACAGCAACAGCAGCAACAGCGGCUUCCUCUGUUGCUGCUGCAGGAGCCGACCCGCUGCUGUAGCAGACGUCCUCGGACCUGCCCUUGCUAGUAGCAGCAGCACCAAUGGCGGAGAUGUCCUUGUAGUUGCAGCGCCAGAUCUCAGGGCACUGGCACUGCUACAGCAUGGGAACAGCACCGGCAGCAGCAGCGGCGCAGCAACAGCAACAGCAGCAGCAUCAGCGCCCGACCCAACUCCACCUGGCGGUUACUUCUUUUCGUCUGCGAGGCUGCACGCAGCAGUGGGCGGCUCUGGAGUGCCUAUGGCCGGCUUUCGCAGCAGCAGCACUUGCAACAGCAGCAACAGCAGCAGCAGCGGGUACCCGUCUGUGUGCAGUGAAUGGUAUACGUGCAUGCAGUUGGGGGAGGAGGCGGGGCGGGUGCUGCAGGUGGUGGAGCCCUUUGCUACGCCUGCCUUCGGAGUGUUGCAGCAGAGCAGCAGCAUUUGGCCUUCUCCCUUCGAUGUGCGGAAGCGUCGCCAGUGGCUAUCCCUCCCUUACGGGAUGGAUCCCUUUGCUCGUGCUGGUGCUGCAGCAGACAGGGGGUAUUCUGGGCACCACAAGCUGGCCGACGGGCUCAGCAACAGCCACACAUACGGAAGCAGCAGCAGCAGGCGGAGGCGGGGGGCUCUGCUGAGUUCGCUCCCAGUAGUACAGCCGCCGUCUGCUCAGAGCGACGCAGCAGCAGGGGCUCUCUGUGGGGCCCCCAAGUUGCUGAUUUUGACAACCAAAUUUGUCCUGCAGCUGCGGAGGCAGACAAUCAGCCACAUUUACGUGGCUGGCCUGGGAAGUCUGCUUCGAGAGGGUGUACAGGGGCCACUGGCGCCCACAUCGGCGAACCCCUACGCUCGGGUUGGGAGCCCUCACGGCUACGAGGAGUUGUUCCAGCAGCAGCAGCAGCAGCACUAUGAGCAGGAUCGGGGUACACUGUGGUCUGUGGGGCCGCAGCGCAGCGGACCCUUGCGGCUAGGUCAGCUGCUUGCGGAGCACAUGUGCGAAGAGGGACAAUUCGGUUGUGGUGCGAUGUUUGCUGUGUUCUGGCAGUUGCUGGCAGACAAUGCCCCCAGCUUAGCAGCAUUCCAAAGUACUGCAAGCGCCGGGCCCCUCCAGGGAUCCCCCGAGGGGCUGACGCCAACGUGGAACCUCCUCAGCAAACAAAUGGGGGCCCCCAGAACCAACAAGGGGCUUGCAUUCCAGCAGCUGUCCGCGUCGCAGCUCUCCCAAGCUGGGGGGGCCUUAGGGGGAGGGGCUCCCGGGGCCUUUGAAACUCCCUUCGGUCUGGGGUAUAUAGAGGGCUCCGAGCGGCAGCAGCAACAACAACAACAACAGCAGGUUGCUGCAACCGUGGGAAAGGGGGCAUCUGCCUGCAGCAGCAGUGGCGUGGGGUUGAGUUCAGCAGCAGCGGCAACUGCUGCUGCUGCUGCAGGGGGCCAGCAGAGUCAGGAGAAGACUACGGGUGUUGCUGUAGCCUGGCGCAUGCUGACGGCCCUCGAGAUACGGAGAGAGGCAGCAACGCACUUGGGGACAGAGCUUAGCAGUGACCACCUCUUGCUACCCUUCGCGCUGCAACAGCAGCAGCAGCAACAGCAGCAGAGCAUGUUGCAACAGCAGUUCCAACAGCAGAGCAUGCUGCACAACCAAAACCUGCAACAGCAGGCCUGGGGUUCCAGAGCCCUUGGCUGUCCUCCCCAGCAGCAGGAACAGCAGACUGUUCCUCAACAAACAGGAGGUACCCUGAUGCAGGCGUCUGCUGGAGUUGCCUCACAGCAGCUUGGGGCCCACGUCGGGGCCCCUUUGCAGAGCCUGACGAACACAGCUCGUGGCCUUAUCCUGUUUGCUUCGCGGCUGCUGAGGCCCAUUUUGGGAACUCCUCUAGUUGAAGCUGCACUGCUGCCUUGUGGCCUGGUGCGCGCUGAACGCGACGAUCAGCAGCACAAGCAACUGCAGCAUCCGCAGCGGCGGGAUGGCGGCAGCAGGAAGAGAGGACGCGAGUUCGAGUGGCAGCACGAAGAGUUGCAUGGGGUGGCACAACAGCGCAAACUUUCUGCUUGCCUCGUUGGCCGAUUCUCAGCGGAGGCGGUCUCGCGUUUGCUAUACAAAAUUGCUUCUCUAUACGAGGUCCUUGAUGCGGUGUACACGACGCUUUUCUUUUCUUUUGGACAACGAGCGUCGCUCCAGCAGCAGCAGCAGCAGCUGACCCGAGGUGCUUCUUGGGGUCUGCCUAACCGCGGGUUGCCGCCUCACUUCGCCGCACUGCGGUUGUCCGGGGUUCCUUAUCUGGAGGGGGGACCCUUCGGGAGCACUGUCGGCCCCUCAGCUGCAGAGGUUGAGCAACAGGACAUCAUCUGGGGCUUGAUUCCUUUAGGCGAUGCUGUGGAGCUCAGUGUCCUGUACGGGGUUAGUCGCGUGUUGGUGACUGCCUCUGAGAUGCUGACUGCGUAUCAGCUGUUGAUGCAGCAGGCAGAGUACUCCGUGCAAAUGGGCACGAGUCGCUGCAUAUCUGCUCGUCUGUUCGACAGUCUUCUUUCUUUAACGCUUACCGACCUAUGCACAUCCGUGGAGGCUCGCGAGAGCUUUCGGCAGGUGGUGUUUGAGACGGCUGCCUUUGGCAAUCCCCUUUUGUCUCGUCUUUGCACGGGGGCACUGUUUACGAAGGAUGAACUGGAGGCACAGAUGCUUUAUUUGCAGUUGCAGCGGAAGGUGAACGAACGCCUUGACAGUCAGACGGCAGCCAGUUUAGGCGAAGUUCAGCAGUUUGUCUACCAACACCUCAUGCCCAGGCUUCUCUUCCUUCCAAUAGAAGGUCUCGUCGCUUUUCUGAACUCCCUCAGAUUCUACGGACUUCUUGUGGACGUUGUGACUGCGAAGGCCGCCAGUCUCGUCUCGAACUUCAGCCGAUAUGCAUUGGGCAGGAGGCCAAAGUGGCCGUCGUUGGCUCCCGAGUCCACCCAGCAACUCGCUGGCAUUCAGAACACUUUGGUUUCAAGCUGCUACCGACAUGUGGGGGAGUGCCUCGCGCAGUACUGUAAAGAGUUUGAGGAGGACGCAGCGGAUGCAACGCCUAGUGAAGCAGAGAAGAAGAAAGCAGAAAGUGUACAGAGUGCAACUCUGGACGUACACCAGAGUAGCAAAGCUUGUGCAGCUGCUCUCGUGAACGCAUGUCUCGCAAGCAGUGAUGAAAACCUCCACAAUUACGUCGUGGACUGGAUUGCUAGUCAUGGAGGCAAAAACUUCCCAGUUGCUCUUCUUCACAUUGACGGCCCCAUGGCCGAUCGGCUUCUCGCGCAAAGCGACGAGAAGUUUGCGAUCGACUUGGGAGACCGAUAUGCGGCUUCAGGCCUGUAUGCACAGGCUGCCAAGUGCCAUAGCCUUCAAGGCCUGCGGCAGUGGGUGGGCGAGAAAGGGGAAAUCCUUGCUCGAGACGGUGUUUCAGGAGCAUCAGUGCCGCGUGGUACUGGAGAAGGCGGCGAAUCGGCAGAUGAUAUAACCACGUUGUUAGCAUUUGAUGCAGAAAUCGACGCUUUUUGUUGCAGCAUCACACAACCGAUUUGGCAGUUCCUGGCUUCUUGGGUGAAGGUCCAUUCGCAAGAACCGUCUUUAGAUCGACGGCUCCUCCACUUCGUCAAGGCAAAGGAAAAUGCGCAAAAUUUCCUCCAGCAGUCCUCUGAGCAGACCGAGCCUGGGAUUCGCAGCUUUGCAGCGAAAGAACGGACGAGCAGUUCCACAAGAAAGCUUUCCCUUUCCGGCGAUAUCGGUUUUGAUGAGUCCACGGACAGCUCUUCACCGACACCUCUUGAAAACUCGAUAAGGCAAAUUGACCUCAACAUCCGAAUGGUCGGUAUUCAGCGAGCCCUUGUGCGGGACACCGCUCAUUUGUUUUGCGUCUUGGUGGUAACCCAUUUGCAAUCGGUUAAGAAGGAACGCGCUCUGCUAUCUGGCGUAGUGUCGGCUUCAGCUAAUAAUCAGGCCGUGUCAGCUGAUGACGUUCAAGCGUUUUGCAUCGAAGUUUCAAAUGCUGCUCGGGGAUCUGCAGAUACAUCAGUGCGGAAAAGUAACAGUCACUUGCAAGCUGCUUGUAGUCCUGUUGCUGUGAGGGCUGCUGUUGCUGCUGUUGGUGUUCUCUUCUCCUCGGAUGUCGACUACUUGAAUGCUUUCUGCUUGGCAGCUCCCUGUGUUGGGGUUGACUUUCACGAGGCAGAUUUACAGCGAGUGGUCUAUGCUCCUAUAGAGCUGCUGGAUUUGCUGAACUCGCAGAUAAAUGACUGCGGAGUAGCUGAACUCGUUGGUCCGGACUUCCCGUCCAUCGCGGCUCUGCGCCUGCAUGGACAGCGAGUCGCAAGCGCAGCUGCUCGUAGUUUAGGGGCAUUUCCAGAAGAACAAGAAGUUGCCCGUGCUGCUCUCGACGACGCAUGCAUGACGUUCCUCUCCUUCGGGGCCUCCGCUUCCAAGGUUUUGCAGCAGCCGCGUAUUUUGUCCGACGCUCUGAAGGACCUGCUAGCCUUGCCGGAUAUUGCCGUACGGGAGAGCUGCAGCAGAUCGUUGAAGCGGCUUUCUGUGGUGCUGCACGUUUAUGCGCGAACUCAAUGGGGCAACAGAGAGGUCACUAUGAUGAAUGCGGAAGGAGAGCCCAUACAGAUUCCUCCAUUUCUGUGGCCUGCCUGGCGCAUGGUGGAAUGCGGGCAAUCGUUUGACACUCUUGUUGGCCUUUACUUGUCUUUCGAAGAGGACGAGUUUGCAAAGCAGCAGAGUUGCCUGGACUCUGCUGGUCUGCAGACCGUCUUCUGCUGGAUUUUUGACCAGUGGUUGACGAGUCAGGACGACGUGGGUACCGCUUCGACCUACGUCGGACUUCUGCACGAGUUGACAGAAGCGGGAGAUUUGCCAUACUUUGGGUCGCCAGUUAGCGUCCCUCUCUGGUCUCAGUUGAAUGAAGAGGAGCGCGCGAGAGCAGAUGUUGCAGCACAGCAGCUGACAGAUCUGCUUUUGCAGAUCGAGUCGGCAAUGGCGCAUGCAAGUCGUUCCAUGGGAAGUCUGAAGGAUAACCGACACUUUGUUGGCGUGCGUUCUCGCUUGGCCAUCAUAAAGCAACAAGUUGCAGAAUACAGAGCAGCCCUGCAUAAGCAGGGUCUAACGGAGCGCUUCGUCCCAAGUUUCUGA